CUUUCAUCUUCUAUACACACACAAAUUUUAUCUCUCAUUUAAAAAAAUAAAGAGGCAAAAAAGAAGUAUGGGUGCUGCUGGAACUAUUGCUAAAAGUUUGAAUGCAUUAAUGGGCCCUGGAGUGAUGCUUCUUUAUCCUUUGUAUUCUUCUAUGAGAGCAAUUGAAAGUCCUUCACCAUUAGAUGAUCAACAAUGGCUAACUUAUUGGGUUCUCUAUUCAUUCAUAACUCUAUUUGAGUUAUCUUGCUGGAAAAUUCUCCAAUGGUUACCAUUUUGGCCAUACAUCAAACUUAUAUGUUGUAUGUGGUUGGUGCUACCAAUUUUCAAUGGAGCAGCUUAUAUACAUGAGAAUUUUAUAAGAAAACACGUCAAAGUUGUUAGUCAUGUAAGUUCAAAUUACACACAAAAUCAAAGAAAAGCACUCCAAAUGAUGAGUCUUGAUGCAAGAAAAUCUGUUGAAAGAUACAUAGAGAAGUAUGGUCCUGAUGCCUUUGACAAGGUGGUCAAAGCGGCGGAGAGAGAAGCAAAGAAACACUCGUGAGGAAAACGAUUCCAUCAAAAUCAUAUUCAGCGUAAUUUUACGAGUGAGACAGGAGGAAAAAUGUAUUAGUGAAGGACUCUAUCAAUGUGUAUUUUGAAUUUCUUAACUCUUCCAUAUAAAUGAAACAUUUGCAUUCCAAAUAGGUUAAUUACACUCGUGAGGAAAACUAUUCCAUCAAAAUCAUAUUCAGCGUAAUUUCACGAGUGAGACAGGAGGAAAAAUGUAUUAGUGAAGGACUCUAUCAAUGUGUAUUUUGAAUUUCUUAACUCUUCCAUAUAAAUGAAACAUUUGCAUUCCAAA